UCUGUAAGUUAAGCCAACAGUUUCCCCUGCCUGCCUCUUUUCUGUGACACAAAGCAGUCAAAGAAGCAUCCGAAAGUGUUGACAUUUGAAUCCCUAUAUUGAUACAAACGUAUCAGUAGGAAGCAAAAGUCUCCAUCGCCCAGAUAUUGACAAUACCAUGACUUGUUUGUGUGAGAAGAUGCCUCUUCAGAUGAUAUCGACCAUUAACAAUUCUUCACUGAUCCAGCCAGGAUUUUCACUGCUGAACUUUGAUGGCCGUGUUUUCUUGUUUGGACAGAAAGGCUGGCCAAAGAGGUCCUGUCCAACUGGAGUUUUCCUUCUUGAUUUCAAAAAGGAAGAGCUCAAACUGAAGCCGGCAUACUUCUCUAAGGAUUCUUGCUACCUUCCCCCUCUGCGGUACCCUGCCAUCUGCACUCCCAAAGGCAGUAUGGCCCAGUCUGAGAAGUGUCCAUACUUCAUCCAUGGAGGGAAAACACCCAACAAUGAACUUUCUGAUAAGCUGUACAUCAUGAGCCUAAUCAGCAAGAAUAGCAAGAAAUUCACAUUUAGGUGUACUGAGAAAGAAUUAGCUGGGGAGGUCCCAGAAGCCAGAUAUGGCCAUACCAUUAAUGUGGUUCAUAGUCAAGGUAAAAGUAUAAUUGUUAUAGUUGGGGGGAGAUCAUACAAGGCCCUCGGAGAGAGGACAACUGAAAACUGGAACAGUGUGGUUGACUGUAUGCCAUACAUAUUUCUGGUUGAUCCUGAAUUUGGAUGUUGCACCUCACAUGCCUUCCAAGAGCUUAUGGGGGGAUUCUCCUUUCAUCUCUCCCUUGCUAGAAAUGACACCAUCUAUAUCAUAGGAGGCCAUUCCAUUGAAAGUAAUACGAGACCCCCAAAUCUCUAUAGAAUAAAAGUUGACCUUCCCUUAGGAAGCCCAGCUGUGAACUGUAGUGUGUUGUCUGGUGGGAUCUCAGUAUCAAGUGCCAUCAUGACCCAGACUGGAGACCAGGAAUUUGUCAUUGUUGGGGGCUACCACUCUGAUAACCAGAAGAGAAUGGUUUGUAAUACAAUCAACCUAGAAGAUAACAAGAUAGAGAUAGUGGAAAGAGAGGCACCAGAAUGGACCCCAGAUAUCAAACACUGCAAGAUAUGGUUUGGGAGUGAUAUGGGAAAUGGAGCCAUACUGUUUGGUAUACCUGGAGACAACAGGCAGCUAAUUUCAGAUGCUAACUACUUUUACUUGUUGAGAUGCAAAGAAGAAAGUGAUCAGGACCCAGAACAGAUGGCACAAGUGUGCAGUCAGAGUUCUACAGAAGAUGCAGGAGAGUCUACACCUUUUGAAGAUUCAGAGGAGUUUACUUUCAGCUUUGACAUUGACACCUAUAAUGAAGAUGAUGAAGAAGAUGAGUCAGAAACAGGCUAUUGGAUCACCUGCUCUUCAGGCUGUGAUAUUGAUAUCAACACCUGGGUGCCCUUGUACUCAACAGAGCUCAACAAGCCAGCAAUGAUCUUCUGUUCAAAUGGAGAUGGUCACUGGGUCCACGCUCAGUGCAUGGACUUAUCUGAAGACAUGCUUAUUCACCUUUCACAGGUAAACACCAAGUACUUCUGCCCUGAGCAUACCAGUUUGGCCAGGGGACUGCAGACUCCCAAGGAGACUCCUCCAGUGGAAAAGCCACCCAUGAAAGCAUUGCACAGGAAAAAACCCAUGACAAUAUUCACUCCUGCAAAAAAGUCCUUUAUCCGGAAGCUAUUUCAAUAGUCUAACAGUAAUGAAUGGCAUUUUGGUAUGAAAAACUCUGAGAUCCCAAUUCAGUGACCAGUAACAAAUCAAAAUAGUUUUAAGAUUUCAUAGUGAUGCUUUGGUUUCAAUUUUUUUUGUUUUGUUUGUAAUUAUUUGGAUUUAUUUCAGUUUAAUAUGAUGAUCACAGUACUUGAGACUUAUAAAAGAAUCCACAAUUCCCUGUAUAGUUCCAUAUUUGAGACGGAUAUUCUUCUUGGCUUGGCUUCUUGGCUUCUUAUUCUGUGGACAAAAUGUUUUAGAGAUGGUGGGCUAAGUGUUUUUCUUGGCUUUUACCAAGGGUGAAGGUUGUGAUUGUUUUUUAGCUGUCAGGGUGCUCCCAGCUGGUUGCCCAGGAAAGUAUCAAUACAAGGAAAAGUUUCUUACAAUCCUUUUUUUAUUUCAAACUUUACAAAGAGAGGCGAUAGAACCCAGCCUCUUGGAUAGUGGCAUUGUCCCAAGUAAAUCUCCAUCCCCCUUCUCUCCCACUUCCUCAUUCAUCACCACCAUCAUCUCCUCUACGGAUGCCGCUAAAUGCCCUUUGUCUUUGAGCUCUUUGCUCUCCUACUUUUAAGGCUCUCCGGGUUCCGGGAGAUGGUGGGUCUGGAAUGCUUUUUAGUGACAACGUGUCAGCCAGCUGCUACUCUGGCUCUUCCUGCUCAGCCCUCCCAUUAUUUUCCACCUUUUCCCCUCAUCUGCCUCUGAGCUGUGACCUCCUCUGCUCAGCCCCUGACAUCAGCUCUAUACCAUUGUUGUAAUUAUAGCUUCUGUAUUUUUUAUGUUCUAAGAUUUUUAAAUAAAAUAAAAAGUAAAGACAAAUGCUGCUCCAUUUUAUAGCAUCAUUAGAAAUGCGGUUUACUGGAUCGAAAUGUUUUGCUUAAAUUCAGCAAAGCAAUGAUUGUAUUAAUAUAAUGUGUGGUAUGACCAAUAAUGCUAUCUCUUCUGAGAUUCUGGCCACAUUCACACUAUACAGUUAAAGCACUAUGAUACCACUUUAAACAGUAAUGGCUACACUCUCCCGGGGGUGAAAACUACACACACUCAAAACCAAACCACGUGGAGAAAAUGAGAGGACAGACAAACUCACAAGAAGAACUCAAGUUUAUUUAGGGGACAAAAGCCUGUGGUGACAUUUAGAAUCACAAUAUCUUAACUUUUUCUCACAAGUAGCUGAGCAAAGGUACAGAUGACCUGGGUCCAUGUACAGCAUAAAAUGAGAAUAUCUCCACUGAGUCAGACCAUUGGUCCAUCUGCCAUCUAGCAUAGGAUUAUCUCAUUGACUGGUGGUGGCUCUUCUGGUUUUCAGCUGGAUUCUUGGCAGCCAUUUUGUGCUGGCACCCAUGGCAUUUUUAUCAAUAUAUGAAUACCAGCACCUUGCUUUCUUACCCAAAAAAGCACUGCCCAGAGCUAGAGGUGAUUUGCAUAAGGUCUUGUUCUGUAUGCAUAUAUAUUACUAUGCAGAAGAGUUUUAAAGCUUAACCAGAAAAUCCAAAAAAGUUAUCUAGUCAGCUUUCAUAUAAAACAAUCAGUAAACCUGAUUCAAUCAGCAGUGAAUUUACAUGGCAUUAAACAAGACAUAAUGGUGCAGAAAUCUUCCUUUUAUUUUUUUUCAGCACAGAAUAAUAUGUUUGAGUGAAAUAUGCCACACAUUAGAUUUAUUUGUAAUUAAGUGGAACCAUACAUACAAAUUUGUGCAUAGAAUGCUUUAUUUCCAAGAAUGCAAAAUUGCUUUAAUUUUGUAUGAGGAAAUGCUGUGAUUACUUACAAUCUUUGUAAAUUAGAAAUGUGGAGAUUAUUCAAUGUCUUGUGGUGACAUGUAUUUUGGAAGUUGGCACUUCAUUUUUAUUGAAUUUGUAUAA